UACGUUGAUAUCGGUUGAUAUAAUACUGUAUCGUGUUGUGUUUGUGGACUGUGGAUGUCCAACAUUUGUACAGUUCUGCUGCUGCGGGCGUGUCGUCAUUAUAGUGACGUGAAUGUUCAUAGUGAACCCGUGUACUGAUGGAUUACUUUUACUGAUCCAUGUAAUGAUCUGCUGUCAAUGAACUUGCUUAAUUUAGAAAAGCAUCUUUCUAAAAGCCAGCAUUUUAUUUUUGGAUUGCGCUUUCGGUUUUACGAUAUACAUCUAACCAGGUUUCACUGAUUGGGCAAGAACGAUGGUAGAUGUCUCAGCAGACAGCAUCACUCUCGAGAUGCUCAGAGAGGCAUGUGUGAGUGUCCGAUGCAGUCCGCUGGAUGUGAUCAACACACCAAUGAUCCCAUGGUCCCAAACCACACUUCCACUCAACAACCCCUGCCACAUUCACAUCAAACUGGAAAACAUGCAGAGGACCGGUUCUUUUAAGAUAAGAGGUGUAGCUAACCAGUUUGCUCGGAGACUCAAAGGGGGUUAUUUUGUGACCAUGUCCGCUGGGAAUUAUGGAAAGUCUUUUGCAUAUGCAUGUAAGCAUUAUGGAGCCAAAGGCAAAGUGGUGAUGCCAGAAACCGCCCCGACCUCCAGAUCCGUUCUGAUACAAAGUUUGGGAGUUGAGGUUGAAAGAGCGCCGACUCCUCGUCUCAUGGAUGCUGUUAACCGAAGUAUUCGAGAGCACAGCAUGACUUUCCUCCAUUCCUUUGAUGAUCCGGAUCUUAUCACUGGACAUGCCAGCUUAGGUUUUGAGAUCCUGGAAGUGGUGCCCUCUCCAGAUGUUGUGGUUGUUUGCUGUGGUGGAGGAGGGUUACUUGCUGGUGUGGCAGCUGCCAUCAAACUGUCUGGUUGUGACAACACAAAGAUCUAUGGAGUGGAACCAGAAGGAGCGUGUACAAUGUACAAGAGCUUCAUUGAGAAGAAGCCUGUUGGUAUGGAUGCCAAAAGCAUUGCUUCAGGGCUAGCGCCACCAUUUGCAGGUUCUUUGCCAUAUGAGCUGUGUCAGAAGUAUGUGGAGAACAUUGUGCUGGUGACCGACGAGGAGAUCAAAUCAGCAGUUUCCACACUUUAUAGGGCUGGACUCGUGGUUGAACCUUCAGGCGCUGCAGCUUUCGCUGCCGUCACGAAUGACAGAAUCCCAGAUACCAAUGGCAAGAAUGUGGUGGUCAUCCUCAGCGGAGGAAACAUUGAAAAAGAUGAGCUUAGCAACUUUCCUGAUUAAGUUAAAGGCUUAUUUAGAUAAUAAUCAUGUUUCUAUUCAGUUAAAGCAUAUAUGGCCUGUGAAGUGCCAUAAUAUAUUAUUCAAACCUUCCAGAGGGAAAGUGACUUGGCUAGAUAUGGCUAUGUUCAGACUGCCUGCAAAUGGGAUAUUGCUGCACUAUUAAUUGCAAGUGAUCAAAUCAGAG